CCCGUUGUGUAAACGAAUUUAUUUUUGUAAGAGUUUGGUCCCAAAUCCAAACCCAGUGAGCCAUGUCACCUGCAUUUAAAACCAGACCAACACCUCAACAACCAUACGCAAAUGGUACUGACGCCCUUGCCCUCUUCCACUGCUGACCAGCCAUGGCCGCUGCUCACAAACCCCUAAUUUUCAUCAUCCUCCUUUGUUUCCUUAUCAGCCUCGUCUCCACUCAGACGGCAUUAUGUCCUGAUGGCUGGGACGUUAGCCCAAGCAAAAAGAAGUGUUUUGGAUUUAUAUCGACUUCGUUUUCAUGGGACGAGGCUGAGGGUUUCUGUCAGGACCGUAAUGGGCAUUUAGCAGCAUUGACAUCUAUCCAGGAGUUGAGUUAUGCCCAAAAGAUUUGUGCUCGAACUGUUAAUGGAUGUUGGGUUGGUGGCCGGCGUUUUAACACUACAGUCGGUUUCAGUUGGAAAUGGAGUGACAACAUGACACGAUGGAACGAGUCUGUCUUCCCUGGGGCACCAUUGCCCUUAAAUUGCACAAACCCAUCUUGCCAUACAAUAUACCCAAAUGAUUCUUGUACAUUGGUGACGAGUGGCCAUGUUGCUCUUGUGGGCGAGGGUUGCAAUAUUUCUCAUGAUUUUAUAUGCAUGAUUGAUAUAGAGAACAGCUGUAACCAUAAACACUGUCACAAGGAGUACAUUAUCAUCCUUGCAGUUGUUAGUGGGAUAAUUUUAUCCACCACACUAGCUGUGGUCAUUUGGCUCCUUGCAUAUCGUCGAAGCAAAAGGCGAAAAAGAUCACGCAAAGUGUCUAGUCCAUCAUCAGCUUCAUUGGUUCCUCCAUCAUGGAAGGCGUUCACCAUUGAUGAGCUUCGGACAAUUACGAAGAAUUUCAGUGAAGGAAACAGACUUCUUGGGGAUGCAAAGACAGGCGGUACCUAUAGUGGUCUCUUGCCAGAUGGUUCAAGGGCGGCUGUCAAAAGGUUGAAAAAAUCUAGUUUUCAGAGAAAAAAGGAAUUUUAUUCUGAGAUUGGGAGAAUUGCUAGACUUCAUCAUCCCAAUCUAGUGGCUGUGAAAGGAUGUUGCUAUGACCAUGGCGAUCGCUACAUCGUCUAUGAAUUUGUUGCUAAUGGGCCCUUAGAUAGAUGGCUUCAUCACAUACCAAGAGGGGGUCGUAGCCUUGAUUGGGCAAUGAGAAUGAGAAUUGCAACAACCAUUGCUCAAGGAAUUGCGUUCUUGCAUGACAAAGUGAAGCCCCAUGUGGUUCACCGAGAUAUUCGAGCAACCAAUGUGCUACUGGAUGAGGAAUUCUCAGCGCAUUUGAUGGGUGUUGGCCUCUCAAAGUUUGUGCCAUGGGAAGCCAUGCACGAGCGAACAGUCAUGGCAGGCACCUAUGGUUACCUUGCCCCAGAAUUUGUUUACAGAAAUGAACUCACCACAAAAAGUGAUGUCUACAGUUUUGGGGUUCUCCUUCUUGAGAUAAUAAGCGGGCGAAGGCCAUCACAGUCUGUGGAUUCCAUGGGUUGGCAGAGCAUAUUCGAGUGGGCGACACCUCUGGUGCAAUCACAUAGGUACACUGAGCUUUUGGACCCUGUCAUUCCAGACAUUCCGGAAGUUGGGGUGAUUCAAAAAGUGGUGGACCUUGUAUAUGCUUGCACCCAGCAUGUUCCCUCGGGCCGUCCAAGGAUGUCAUAUGUGGUCCACCAAUUGCAGCAGUUGGGGUUGAAAGUUGCGUCGUCUUCUGCUCAUGGAGGAAGCGGUGACCCCACCACUUCAUCUCGAGCAGCAUUGGAGUUGAGGUCCACUCCUUGAGGCAAGUAAGUGCUCUUUGACUUGGACCUUUGUAGUGGUAACUCCAAAUUGAGGGGCUUUUGGUUCUCUUUAGAAAUAUAGGUCUCUUUAAGUGCUUUUGGCACCUCAAUGUUUAUGUAGUUCCAGAAUUAAAACAACGUUUUACUACACUGUAGCCCAUAUUCCUGAACAAUACAUGUGGUUCUUGAUUUAGUCCUGUCUAUGUUAAUGAAAAUAUUCUUCUGUUGAGUUGCGUUACGUUUGUGGCUGCUAAUCUGCAUUGCAA